AUGUCUGCUCUCUUGAUCAUCUUUGCGUUUGUCUUGACAGUCACCUCAACUGUUGUACAAUUUGAGAAACAGGAGGAAUAUGAAGGAUUUUUGGAUAUGAUUGAUAGGUUAGUUCAAAAGUUAGGUGAACUCAUUCGAAACAUUUUUUCAGAGAAAAUCAAAAACACGACAUCAUCUUUGAUAAAAGCAUCUAUGGAACUGAUCGACAUGGUCGGAUCUAUGUGAAAUGUGUCGAGUUCAAUUCAACUGUCAGUUCGAGAUCGAGAAACAUCAGAUGUCCAAUGCAACGAGGUUCCGAUGCGAUGCCAGCUUGUCUUGCGAUCUACGAUGUUGUCAAUGAUGAAAUUGUUCAAGGAUGUUACAGUUAUCAGCGGGUAUGUUCUACACUUUUUAUCCUGAAACUUACGCUAUAUUUUUCAGGAACUUGCAUCACAAUGUACCGCUUCUCCAAUGUGUCUUAUGAACAUCCACAAGAGAAAAAUCGGAUUCUGCUGCUGUGUUGGUGAUCGAUGCAAUCGGAAGGAGAAUGUUUAUUACAAUGGAAAAACCCUUGAAAAUUACCUCAACGAUCAAGAAAAUCAAUUGACAUUCUAA